AUGGAUUAAAUUAUUCAAAAAUUUAUUUAUAAAAAAGAAUCAAGAAAAUAAUAGAAAAUAUAUUAAGCACUUAAUAAACUUUAUAAAAACAGAAAGUAUAUCAUAAGGGAAAUUUAUUAAACUGAGAAAAAUUAUGUAGAAGACUUAAAGUUGAUUUGUGAUCUGGUGGUUGAUAAAUAUAUAUAAUAAUAUGGAAUACAAGAGUCAAAAAAAGUGUUUUCAAACAUCAAAGAAAUUGUAGCAGUUAAUGAAUGGUUUUUUGAUAAAUUGACAUAAAGAAUUUAAUCAGAAAAUCUAAAAUACCAAAGAAAUUAUAAAUUAGAAAAGGAAUUAAAGGAUUAUUAUGGACAUGAAAAUAGUUAGUUAUUUUAUUUUCAAAAUGAACAAACUUUAUUAACUAAGUUUGAAUGCUAUUAUUAAUAUUGUGAGAGAUAUAAUACAAUAAAAAAUUAAAUUAGUAAAUUAAAAGAUGAAAAUGAUUAUUUUAGAUAAUUAACAAUUGAAGCAGAAAAGAAUCCUUUAAUGAAAUCUAAUUAAUUGGAAGAUUAUUUGAUUAAACCUAUAUAAAGAUUACCUAAGUAUAUUUUACUAUUAAAAGAAUUAAAAAAGAAUACACCAACUUAAAAUAGUUGUUCUUUAUUUAAUGGUAAUGAAUAAAUUGAACAUCCUGAUUAUAAGAAUAUUUGUUAAUUAUUAAAUGUAUUUGAGAAAAUUAAUGAUAAAAAUAAUGAAAAGAUUGGUGAAUUUUAAAAUUUAUAAAAAAUGAUAGAUGUAUAAAAAUAAUAUGGAAGUGAUAAAUUAAUUAUAAAUAAUAAUAAAAGAUUUUUUGUUUUUGAAGAGAAUCUUGAAUAUUAUGUAAAUGCUACAUAUAAAAAAAGCAUAUAAUUAUUAUGUUUUAGUGAUGCUAUUUUAUUAAUAGAAUUUGAAUAUUCUGCUCUAUUUGGUGCAAAAUAGAAAUGUAUAGCUAUGAGUGAAUUUUCACUUGCAUCUGAAUUCAACAAAAUCAAUUCUAAAUAAGGGUUAUUGUUUAAAGUAACAACAAAAUAAAAAGUAUUUAUUUUUAUUGCAAAUGAUAAUAAAUAAUUAGAGAAAAUAGAAAAUCUAUUUAGAAUUACUAUUGCAAAAUUUAUUCAAGAAAAAAAGAGUAUGCUUGAUGAAAGUGGAGGCAAUUCUGAUAUAACUUGGGAUUAAGCAUAAUUAUAAGUUAGAAUUGAAGGAACAGAAGAAUAUAAUUAAGCUUCCCUUUAAAAUUACACUGUUUAUAUUAUUAAGAUUUUAUUAUAAGAUAUAGAAUGGAAAAUAUAUUUGAGAUACUCAUAGAUUUCUGCAAUAUAUAAAUAUAUUUAAAAACGUGAUUCAAACAAUAAUGUAUUAAAAUUACAAAAAAGUAAUUGGUUAUAAAUUCACAAUAAUAAAUACUUAGAUUCAUUGAAAAUUAAUAUAGAAGGAUUUAUUUAAAGUAUAUUUUAAUGGAAAAAAUUUGAAAAAUAUAAAUCAAAAAUUCUAAUUAAAUUAGGUUUACCUACAAAUUUUAAUAUCUUACCAAGAUUUAUGGGAGGUUAAAGUGGAUUAAAAAUUUCAAGGAAUCAAUCAAUAAUAAAUGAAAAUUAAGAUUCAAUUGAUAUUUUAGCUGAAAAAUUAAAUUAAUAAUUUUUAGAAGAAUUAAAGAUUUCACAUAUGUUAAAAUCUUAUAUUAAUAAAUCAGAUGAUAAAAUUAUCUCUUUUAGUAUAAGAGUGAUAUUACCUAGAUGUUUAUAAGUAAAGGAAGAAAUCAUCAAUGAUCCUAAUAGUAAAGUAGAAAGUUGGAUAAUUAAUAAGGUAACAAAAUAAGGUGAAAUAAUUGUAAGAAUAGAUAAUUUAACAAAAGCAAUGGAAAUGUGUGAGAUUAUUGCUAAUGCUAUUUAACUUUAUGAAUUUUAUGAUUUUAGAUUAUUUGUAACUGAUUAAAGAGGUAACAAAAGAUCAUUGGAAAAUAAUUAAAUUGUAUUAUAAUCAGUACCAUCUCAUAAAAAAAUAUUUCCAUAAUAAAGUUUGAAAUUUUUUACAUUAUUUGAUGAACCUUAUUAAUUAGAAUUCUGUAAAUACAUUUUUUUUCCUUAAAUUAUUGAAUCAUAUUUAUAUAAGUAAGAUGAAACUAGAUUAAAAUUGUUAGUAGAGGAAUUUCUUAAGGAAGUUAAAGUUGCUCAUUUAAGUCCAAAAACAUAUUCAAUUAUUUAUGCAUUAUAUAUUUUAAUUUAUAAAGAAAGUGAUUAUUAGGAAAAACACCCUAAUUUAUUGGAUAAGGAAAUUAUGAACAAUCUUAUUUUUUCAUAUAUUAGAAAAUCAUAAACAGAUGAGACUUGGAAUGUAAUUAUUUUAUUUAUUAAAUUAGUAUUUUGUGAAAAAUUAAUUGAAAGCAAUAUACCCUGAAAUUAGAAAUCUUGUUAGAUAAAAUGAGAAAUUAAUUGCUGAAUAACAAUUGGAUUUAAAAUAACCAUAGAUUUUUACAAAUAUCAAAAAUUUGGCUAGGAUUUCAAUGAUUAAUUUAGCUUAUUAAAUACCUUUUUGGGGAGUUGUAAGUUUCUAUGUAGGUAUCAAUAUAAAGGAAGAAACAAAUAAAAUUUUAAAAUCAAUAUUUUAAAAUGAAUUACCUAAUAUAUAUUUAGGUAUAUCAUAUAAUAUGUUCUAACUGUUAAGUCCUGGAAGAAAAAAAUUACUUUGUUCUUUCAAUUUAGCUUAGAUUGAUAAAAUUACUGUAGAACCUAUUUUUAUGUUUAUUUAAAUUAAAAAUGUUAUGUUGAAUAAUGAAAUUAAAAGCAUUACUUUGAAAUUCAAAACUAUUGAAGGAUAUAAAAUAUCAUCUUUAAUAAAAGAAUAUAAAAAUCUAAAUUAGCAAUAUCCUUAAUUAUCAUAAAUCAUAUAAAAUGAGAAUUGA